CGGGCCUGAUCCUAGAGCACUGGGGGUGGGGUGGAGGUGUUACCUUAAAAUGCAAGUUGGAUAAAAGGAGGACCUCUCGCCAAGGGCCCCAAUGAGUGGCACACAGUCGACUAUCACGGACAGGAGACCAACUGUUUCUGUCGCCGAUGGUAUCGAAGAAGUGCUCUCCUCCGCCGCUUUCUGAUGACAUCAGAUCUCUGCCAUGUUGGUAUCCCAUGCGAAUGGCAGCAUUUCGUUCCCUUUGCCGGGUGACCAAAACAACGGGUUUCCCCUCAAAAAACCUAUAAGGCAUGGAAGUAUUUUGAACCGAGAGUCACCAACAGAUAAGAAGCAGAAAGUUGAACGCAGUGCAUCACAUGACUUUGACCCCACAGAUAGUUCCUCCAAGAAGACAAAGUCUAGUUCAGAGGAGAGUAGAUCCGAGAUAUAUGGUCUUGUUCAGCGUUGUGUAAUCAUCCAGAAAGAUGACAAUGGAUUUGGGCUGACAGUCAGUGGAGACAAUCCAGUCUUCGUACAGUCUGUGAAAGAAGAUGGAGCAGCCAUGCGGGCUGGAGUACAGACAGGUGAUCGAAUCAUCAAGGUGAAUGGAACUCUGGUGACUCAUUCAAACCAUUUGGAGGUGGUGAAGCUAAUCAAAUCUGGUUCCUAUGUAGCUCUCACUGUUCAGGGACGCCCUCCUGGGUCGCCCCAGAUUCCACUUGCUGACUCUGAAGUAGAACCAUCAGUCAUUGGACAUAUGUCUCCCAUCAUGACAUCCCCUCACUCACCUGGAGCAUCUGGGAAUAUGGAGCGAAUCACUAGUCCUGUGCUCAUGGGGGAAGAAAAUAAUGUGGUUCAUAACCAGAAAGUAGAAAUUCUGAGAAAAAUGUUGCAGAAAGAACAGGAACGGCUACAGUUAUUGCAGGAAGAUUACAACCGAACACCUGCCCAAAGAUUGCUAAAAGAGAUCCAAGAAGCCAAGAAACACAUUCCUCAGCUGCAAGAGCAGUUAUCCAAAGCCACAGGCUCUGCUCAGGAUGGAGCUGUAGUUAUACCCUCCAGGCCUUUAGGUGAUGCCUUAACAGGCAGUGAGGCAGAAAUAGAACCUGGAGAUGGACUGGGCAGGACAGACUGGAGCACUGGAGAUGCAUCUCGGCCUAGUAGUGACAAUGCAGAUAGUCCCAAGAGUGGCAUGAAAGAGAAGAUUUAUCUAGAGGAAAGCCCAGAGAAAAGUGAAGCAAUUCAGGACACUCAGGACACUCAGUCACUUGUUGGGAGUCCCUCAACCCGUGUUGCACCUCAUAUAAUUGGAGCAGAGGAUGAUGAUUUUGGUACUGAGCAUGAACAGAUCAAUGGGCAGUGCAGCUGUUUCCAGAGCAUUGAGUUGCUAAAAUCUCGCCCUGCUCACUUGGCUGUUUUCUUACACCAUGUAGUUUCCCAGUUUGACCCUGCAACAUUGCUCUGUUAUCUCUAUUCAGACCUGUACAAACAGACCAAUUCCAAAGAAACUCGUCGCAUCUUUCUUGAGUUUCAUCAGUUCUUCCUGGAUCGAUCUGCACAUCUGAAGGUUUCUGUUCCUGAAGAAAUAUCUGUAGAUCUAGAAAAGAGGAGACCUGAACUUAUUCCUGAGGAUCUACAUCGUCACUAUAUCCAAACUAUGCAAGAAAGAGUCCACCCAGAAGUUCAGAAGCAUUUAGAAGAUUUUCGGCAGAAACGUAGUAUGGGACUGACCUUGGCUGAAAGUGAGCUGACUAAACUUGAUGCAGAGCGAGACAAGGACCGGGUAAUUUUGGAGAAGGAGCGGGCAUGUGCAGAACAGAUCGUUGCCAAAAUUGAAGAAGUGUUGUUGACUGCUCAGGCUGUAGAAGAAGAAAAGAGUUCCACAAUGCAGUAUGUUAUUCUCAUGUAUAUGAAGCAUUUGGGAGUAAAAGUGAAAGAACCUCGAAAUCUGGAGCACAAGCGGGGUCGGAUUGGAUUCCUUCCAAAAAUCAAGCAAAGUAUGAAGAAAGAUAGAGAAGGCGAAGAAAAAGGGAAGCGAAGAGGAUUCCCUAGCAUUCUAGGACCCCCAAGGAGACCAAGUCGUCAUGACAAUAGUGCAAUUGGCAGGGCCAUGGAACUACAGAAGCCACGCCAUCCUAAGCAUUUAUCCACACCUUCAUCUGUGAGUCCAGAACCCCAGGACUCUGCUAAGGUGCGGCCAUGUGGCUUAGCAAAUGAAGGAACAGACACUGGAUACCUUCCUGUCAAUUCCGUGUCCUCUGUGGCUUCAGGGUCCACUCUUUCCCAAGAAGGAGGGAAAGAGAAUGAUAUAGGAUCAAAACAAGUCGGAGAAACACCAGCAUCUGGAGACUCAUUGGAUGGCACACCUCGUACUCCCAAUACCAUCUUUGAUUUCCCACCUCCUGCAUUAGACCAAGUGCAGGAGGAGGAGUUUGAAGUAGAAAGGGUGAUGGAACAUGGGACACCAAAGCCCUUUAGAAAGUUUGACAGCAUAGCCUUUGGAGAAAGUCAAAGUGAGGAUGAACAAUUUGAAAAUGACCUAGAGACAGAUCCACCCAACUGGCAGCAGCUUGUUAGUAGAGAAGUGUUACUGGGACUCAAACCUUCUGAGAUCAAAAGACAGGAAGUGAUUAAUGAAUUGUUCUACACCGAGAGAGCUCAUGUUCGAACAUUGAAGGUUCUUGAUCAAGUAUUCUAUCAGCGAGUAUCCAGAGAAGGAAUUCUUUCACCUUCAGAACUACGAAAGAUUUUUUCAAACUUGGAAGAUAUUCUUCAACUUCAUGUUGGGCUGAAUGAACAAAUGAAGGCUGUUCGAAAGAGGAAUGAGACCUCUGUUAUUGAUCACAUUGGGGAAGAUCUGUUGACCUGGUUCAGUGGACCAGGAGAGGAGAAGUUGAAACAUGCUGCUGCUACGUUUUGCAGUAAUCAACCUUUCGCUCUGGAAAUGAUCAAGUCUCGUCAGAAAAAGGACUCUCGAUUCCAGACAUUUGUGCAAGAUGCUGAGAGUAAUCCACUUUGUCGUCGUCUUCAGCUGAAAGAUAUCAUUCCCACCCAAAUGCAGAGGCUUACUAAAUACCCACUUCUUUUGGAUAACAUUGCCAAAUACACAGAAUGGCCAAUGGAAAGAGAGAAGGUGAAGAAAGCUGCUGAUCACUGUCGUCAGAUCUUAAAUUAUGUAAAUCAGGCUGUCAAGGAGGCAGAAAACAAACAGCGCUUGGAAGAUUAUCAGCGUCGCCUUGAUACCUCCAAUCUGAAGUUAUCAGAGUAUCCAAAUGUUGAAGAGCUCAGGAAUUUGGAUUUAACAAAAAGGAAGAUGAUUCAUGAAGGACCAUUGGUUUGGAAGGUGAAUAGAGACAAAAGUAUUGAUCUGUACACAUUGCUGCUGGAGGACAUUCUUGUUUUGUUACAAAAACAGGAUGAUAGGCUGGUGUUAAGGUGUCAUAGUAAGAUUCUGGCAUCUACAGCUGAUAGCAAACACACAUUUAGUCCUGUCAUUAAGUUGAAUACAGUGUUGGUUCGACAAGUGGCAACGGACAACAAAGCUUUAUUUGUCAUCUCCAUGUCAGACAACGGAGCCCAAAUUUAUGAAUUGGUGGCACAGACAGUCUCUGAAAAGACUGUCUGGCAGGACCUAAUCUGUCGAAUGGCUGCAUCAGUGAAGGAGCAAUCCACAAAGCCAAUUCCAUUACAGUCACCAGCUUGCGAAGGAGACAAUGAUGAAGAAGAACCACCAAAAUUAAAAGUAGAACAGCAUGGCAUUUCAGUCACUGGUCUACAAAGUCCAGACAGAGAUUUGGGAUUAGAGUCUCCCUUAAUAUCAUCAAAACCUCAGUCUCAUUCACUGAGUAUCUCUGGGAAAUCAGAGGCAGAUGAUCUUUUUGUGACUGAGGGACAGUUUGCAAAGGAACAGCAUACAGAUGGGACACUAAAGGAAAGUGGAGAAAAUUAUCAAAUAACAAUCCCAGAUCCAAACUUGCCUGUCUCAGAAGAACGGUGGGCAUUGGAUGCACUAAGGAAUUUGGGUCUGUUGAAGCAGUUGCUGGUACAGCAGCUAGGUUUGACUGAGAAGAACACUCAGGAAGACUGGCAGCGUUUCCCAAGUUACAGGAUAACCUCUCAGGGGGUGCAGGCAGAUAGUGAAAUCCAGAACUCUGAAAAUACAAAGGCUUAUCCUGGUGAAGGACAGAUGCCCUUUAGAACUGGAACUGGUGACAUUGCAGCUUGUUACAGUCCACGGACUUCAACUGAAUCUUCUGCUCCACGGGAUUCAGUGGUACUGGCAUCCCAAGAUAGCCAGGCAAGUAACAUUUUAGUAAUGGACCACAUGAUUAUGACCCCAGAGAUGCCUGCCACAGAGCCAGAAGGGGGUCUUGAUGAGAGUGGAGAGCACUUUUUUGAUGCCCGUGAAGCACAUAGUGAUGAUAAUCCAUCAGAAGGUGAUGGAGCAGUUAAAAAGGAGGAGAAGGAUGUUAAUUUACGCAUCUCAGGAAACUGUUUGAUCCUCGAUGGCUAUGAAACGGUGCAGGAGAGCUCCACAGAUGAGGAGGUUGCUUCCUCAUUUACCCUGCAGCCUGUGACAGGCAUCCCUUCUAUGGACUCCACUCACCAUCAGCAGCAUUCUCCCCAGAAUGCUCAUUCUGAUGGGGCAGGUUCGCCAUUCACCCCAGAAUUCCUGGUCCAGCGGCGCUGGGGAACUAUGGAAGAUUCCUGUUUUGAGAUCCAGAGCCCCUCCUCUUAUACAGAUUCACAAAGCCAGAUCAUGGAGUACAUUCAUAAGAUAGAGGCUGACCUUGAACACUUAAAGAAGGUGGAAGAAAGUUAUACCAUUCUUUGCCAAAGGCUGGCUGGAUCAGCCCUCACAGACAAGCACUCAGAUAAAAGUUAAAAGCUGAGUGUCCUGGAGGUGACUGCAGGUUGUUGGAUUUUGAGCAUUGGCCUUGUAUCAACCACAUCCUGGUUCCAGUGUGGACACAGAGAGAGUGUGACAGAGGAACUGCCUGUGAACCACUUGGGAUUAACCAUGUCCUGAGGUGCCCAGAGCAGGACUAGUUCGUCACAGUCUGGCAGCUGCACUGGUCUGUCAGUGAGGGAACGUCUAUUCUCUCACUCUCCUCUCCUCACUGUCGGAAAGUCGUUUUGAUUCAGAACAAAAACCAAAUGUAUAGAGCUUUGGGUGUAGGAUAUGAAAUUGUACUUAGACAUAAGAAAAAGAAAAUCAGAUGUAUUUAUUUGACUUCAUCCGUAUUUGAAAGCACAUUUUAAUUUUUAUUUGCCUUGUUUUAUUUUAAUUGAGUAGUGAGAGUUCUGGCCCUUUGUAUUUAGUACACCCAAGGAUCAAUUGCUCCUGAAGUGAAAAGGUCAGGAUGGGGUAUUAGGAGGUUGGGUAGAGAGGAGAUGAAGCAGAGGGAGGAAAAGCAUCUUAUCUUCACUAAUUGUGUUCCAUACUCUCUGCUGUGCAGCAGGCUGAUUUUCUGAGGGUCACCUCAAAGGCAUGGUGGUCCCUAUGUGCAGAAGAUGUGAGCUAUGUGCUGCCCAGAGGUCAGAGAGUAGUGGGCUUCCUCCUACCUUAAUGCAAGCACUGCUUCUCUGUAGCUGGAAUAUACCCCCAAUUAACAGGAAUCCUCAACAUACUAAAUAGCAGGCACUUGAAAAUGGGUGUAUUCUCUUCUGUUGUCAUCUUUUCUAAUGAGGGUUGGGAUUUGGGAGGGAGAGGAAAGCAAAUUUUUUAUUUUCUUGACUAUAAAUUUGUUAUUCUUGGUAUUGUUUCAUUUUUAUAAUUCUACAUUAGACUUUGGCACUUGUAAAAUCAUUCCUGCAGAUUAAGCAGGAAGUAAGAACAAAUAAAUGGAAAUGCUUCAGUGGUGGUGGGGGUUGCUAAGGAAGGGUGGGAUGGGGGUGGGUAAAGAGUUUGGGAAGGUUAUCUAAAAUGAAUCACUACUGAGUUGAACCAUGGCUAUCUUAAGCCACGGGUACUGCUGAUUAUAAGGCCAGUAAAAUAUUAGUACCUGGAGGUUUGACUCUAAUUUUUUGCACUGAUGGUGCCAAAGGGCUCUUUGAGUCACGAGGAGAGCCAGGGUGGAGUGAAAAAGAUGUGGUGGAGGAGGCAGAACUGCUCACACCAGCUCCAGAAUCACUUCCUCUGACCUCACUGCCACAACUCUGUCCAAACUGGGCCAUGACUGACCUUAGGAAUUGCAGACCAGAGCAUACACUGGAUACUGCAGGCAAAGUGUUGGUAACUGCCUGCUCUAGGAUGAAUAGCAGUAUUGGCAGCACCUACAGAGGAUAUAUAUGUCAGAAUUAUAACUUGAGAACUCCUUCAUUUAUAUUGGCUUUCUGUGGUUUUCUUUGUACAUUAGGUAAAUGUAUUUCUGGAGUAUUUUGCCAACUAAAAUGAAUUCAUUUGUCAAAGUUGUAAAUUCUGUUAAUAAAGAAGGAGUUCACUCAUUGUUCACAUCUUUCAGUAGUGCCCUCUGAACUCUGUGGGUAAUCAGGAUGUAAUUUUUUUCUUCGCUGCAGCCCCCUUCCUCAAAAACAGAAGCUUUCUCACCACAAAUGGUGAGGAUUCCCAACUACUUCUAUAAACACCACUACAACUUAACAAGCUUAUUUAUCUGCAUCCAGAUUCCUGUUUCUGUCCUUUCAAAACUGAUCUAUGUUUUUAGGUAGAUCAACUUGGAUCUUUGUACCUCAUCUAUAAAUUGAAAUUAUAUUUCAAGUCAUAGGCCAAGUAUAAUUUAACUCAGAAUGAAAUUGAAAAUGUUUAGAGGCAGAAGCUAACAAAUAAGUGAAGCUUGGAAUUUGGAACUUUUCUGUAUCUCUUAGGAGAAGCAAGUAGAAACCAAAUGGUUACAUUGUGCUGCUGGAAAUAGUGUAGUCACUUCCAAUAAAAAGGGUUAAACCUGUAGCCACUUGACACUAAAACCUUCAGGAGAAAGACACUACAGGGUCAUUACAUAAUUCUUUAGCACUCAAGAAGGUUGUAAGUUAGCAAAGUUUGGGUUUCUCUUCUAGUUCAGCCAGUAUUUUGUUCUUAGUAAUUAUUUACUUCUCUUUUCUUGCAAUUUAGCCUUUCCUUGGCUAAACAGGCCUAACUGGAAAAAUACUUUGACUGUAGCUCUAGUACUUUGAAAUACAUUCAUGCCCCAAGAUAAAGUUAAUUCUGAAAUCCAUCCUACUACUUUUAGUGUUCUUUUGACCUUACCAUCCUAAUUUCUUCCCUUCUCCUUCCUAACCUGACCUCCCACACUUUGAUUUCAUUUUGGCCAUUAUAAUCACAUCUGUUUGACUUUCAUAUUAUAUCUCUCCCCCUUCAGGGAAGAUAGAAUUAGAUAUUCCUCCUGACUUUGAGUGAAAUUGGUUACCAUUAAAGGAUUUUUCUCAAAGUUACAUAACUAGAAGUUGGAAUCUGCUGUUGUACUGAGGAGUGUGAUGGAGGCAGACAACAACCUUCCCUAAGCCAGAAAGUUACAUGUUGGCUAUGGAAGUGACCUGCACUGAUACUCUGUUCUCUCCUGUGGGCUUACUGGCUCUUUUACUGUUAAGUGGCAAAUUACAUUUGGAGGGUCUCCUUCCUUUUUAGAGAAUAGACUUAAUCAAGGCAAAUCAGCAAUCCCCCAAAGUGCUAUAAUUUAAAAUCAGAUUAUUGCCAUGACCGUAUGUUUUUGUGUAAUUUAAAAUCAGCUAACUUGAACUUCCUGAGCUAUGUUGACUUUUAGAACCUAAAUUGUAAUUCUUACAUUGCAUGGGAGGUAGAUUUCCUAAGAUUUUUGGCUUUCUUUCCCACAAAACAACUUCUAAUGACUAUUAGGAUGAAUCCCCUUUUAAAAAUUUUUGUUUGUUUGUUUGUUUUGGGGGGAGAAAGAAGUGACUGUGGUAAUACAGAAGAAAGGCCUUUUUUUUCCCUCUUUUAAUUAUUUAGAAGCUAAAAGAAUUACAUUUCCUGUGAGUUUUCUUUUACUCGCAUCUUUUUUUUUUUUUCUUUGAUGUUAGUAAACUUGGCACAUUUCUUGAGGUGUUGGUAUCUCACACUGGAAGUCCUCUUCUCUGAAGUUGAUAUGAUGUUAUUUGGAACUACUAGAGCUUUGGUCAUGGUUUCCUUUCCUGCAUGUCACAGAGGGCACCAUUGAGAACUGUGUGCAUAGGACCUCAAAAUACAAAAUUAGCAGGAACUUAUAGCAGCUAACUGUGGGCUAGCCUACCCUCCCCCCAGUAGUACAAUUUUUGUUUUUUAAAUCAUGUUUUUCUGACAUUUCUGCACCCUUUUCAGAGUGAUCUGCAAAAUUAUUCUUCCUUUAAGAAGAGUUCCUUUUGUCUUGUACCUUAUGCCUUCCCCACUGGAACUGAGGGUUUUGAUAAUAAAUUAGUAGGAAAAAAAAAAUGUUCUUCCUAGAAGGAAGCCUCCCUGCCAUUCCCAGGUGCCAACUGCUAAGCAGGUAUACUGCAAAAAUGGUAACUGUAACGUGCACACUGUUGGUUAUUUUUAAUAAGCCUCUUCCUACUAGAACAUUUUAUUUUCCUUGUUCACCAUACAAUCAUGUACUCUUUAACAGAAAUUGCUUUUAAAAAAUCUGGAAAUAUCUUUUAAAAACUUUAUUAAUAAUCAUGUAUUUUUACUGAUCACAUUUUGAAAUGCCUAAAAGACUUUAUUGUUCUAAUUAUCCAGAUGUACCUUUGUAAAAUAGCUCUUUUAUGAACUAGCUGUUAAGGCUGUAUGUUUCUGGAACAAAAUAUUGGUCAUCUAAAAUCUUUCUGUUUUCUGGGGUUUGGGAAAAUAGAAAAUAAGAGUUCAAAUAUUAAAUAAGCUUAAAGGAA